UGAUUUGGUCAAACAAAAGGAAAGGCGAAAACACAACCAACGGACUGAAGCCGGAAGCGCCAUUAGAGCAUCUCCACAAGGGGUAAAACAGGAAAAAGCGGAAACCACCCAAAAAAAAAAAAAAGUUCCCAAAUAGAAAAUUUCCCAACAAAUAAAAAUCGCCCACGCCUUCCUUCAAACCUAAUCACAAAAAAAAAAAAAAAAGUUUUCGUUGGAGAAGAAGAGUUCUUAUUUAAUAACAGAAAAAAGACUUUUCUUCUCGCAUUCGGAAUUAGGGAUUACAAAAAAAAAAAAAGGAGGAAGUAGAUAAUAAUUAGACCAACGAAAAAAUCAAUUCGCCAUUAUUGAAAUCCGAUUAGCCCCUUCGUCAACAACGCGGAAAACGCCCUUUUUCUGGUUUUGUUUUUGUUUUCUCUCUGAUCCUCUAAAAUCCACGAGCAGCAAAAAACUUACGAGAUGGAGCACGAAGAGACAGGAUGCCAAACAGCCCCCGAAGGUCCUAUCUUGUGCGCUAACAACUGCGGCUUCUUCGGAAGUGCUGCGAAUAUGAACAUGUGCUCCAAGUGCUACAAGGACCAAGUAUUGAAACAAGAACAAGCCAAAGUUGCUGCUUCGUCGAUCGAAAACAUUGUCAACGGAUCAUCAUCAUCAUCAUCAUCAUCAUCAUCAACAUCAACUGGGGUCGAAAAAGAAUCCGCUGUAAUAGCAGAAUCUGGAAACGUGAAAAUCGAUCUGGUGGAAGUGAAAACAAUUACUGCCCCAUCAUUGAACGUUUCUUCAACCCCUGCAGUAGUAGCAGCCGUUGAGCCAAAGGCGAAAGAGGGCCCUGCGAGAUGCAGCUCUUGCAAGAAACGGGUCGGGCUAACCGGAUUCAAAUGCCGUUGCGGUAACAUGUACUGUGGGUCCCACCGCUAUUCGGACAAGCACGACUGCCCCUUCGAUUACCGAACUGCAGGGCGGGAUGCUAUAGCCAAAGCCAAUCCAGUUGUUAAGGCAGAAAAGCUGGACAAAAUCUAAGUCGAAAAAUUUCUGGAAAACAUGGCACUUGUUUUAAUCAUCAUUACCAAGCUUGCUGAUUCGUAGUUGCCCUAUGCCUUCCGAUCUUAGAUUAUACACGUUUGAGGCAUCGUGGGCAAUUACGACAGCUGCAGGUGAAAAAAAAAACGUUUGUGUUUGCGUUUGGUUAAUCGUUGGUCUUUUAGUGUUUCUGUGUCUGAGUGGGUUUUCUGUGUUUCCUUAGAUAGUUUUUAAAGACAAUCCAUGAAAGACUUGUCAGAUUGUAAAUUAUGCUUUAAUUUGCCUUUAUAAUAUCUCUACUUCCA